AUGACCGAUCGGUCGGGUAUGGAAUCGUUAUGCAAUCGGCAGCAGCACCAUUUCUCAUCACGUCAGCAGCAUCAUCAUUAUCAUAGUCAGAGCGAUGAGUCGGCGAGUCAAUCACGAUUGACAGCCGACAAUCACCACUCAGCACCAUACGAACGUGCACGUCUGGUGAGCUCAGCAGCAGUCAGGCACUCAACUUUGACGCACGAACGUCAGCAACGCAAAACGUUGUUAAAUCGAAAACGACGUGAGCGGAAAAAACGAGUGGUAGCGGCGGCAAGUACGAUGGUGAUGGAGCAAGAACAAAACGUACAUCAACAAUCCGCUCCAUCACUUCCAGAAGAAGAUGGUGAUGAUAAUGAUGAGGGACCACCCAAACAUAUAGCAGAACUCAUCCGCACAGAUGAGUCAUCCGACAUAGAGGAUUUGGCAGACGAUAUGGAGCGUCUCGGUGAAAACGAACAACCAUGA